UUUUUUGGUAGUGCUGGAGGGAAUGAUGGCGCGUGGUGUGAGUCGACAGACGGCGCGCGCAUCUUUCCACUCUGUUACAGAGUGAGAUCGCAAGACAUCAAUCUGAGGAAGCAGUCGUCCUUCAGAAGGGAACUGCCCCAAAGCAUGACCGUCUGUCACUGGGGAGGGUCAGAGAAACGCAUUCCUGCAACUCUCAUGAACAGUUUGUCAUCCCCCUCGUAGGUCCACCUGCGGCCCUGAACACACCCAUCUGCCAGCUCAGAUAACCCUCAGGCUGUUUGCAACACAUGUUUGAUGUGAUUGGUUGUGACCGCCACGCUUUGCUAAGCAGCCCCACUCUACAUCAUGCAGUGGCGUCGGCGACACUGCUGCCCCAUCAAGAUGACCUGGAAUGUCAAGCGGUCACUCUUCCGCACACAUGUAGCAGGCCUUCUCUCGCUGGCCUCACUCUUUGCCCUCUUUCUCAUCUACUGUCACCAGGAUUUGCUGCAGGGCCGGAGUUGGUUGCGAGACAACCCCUUGGUUUACACCAUGCGGGGUUUGCGCCCCCACAAGGAGCGUGCGAAGGGAAACCAAAGCUCACUGCGAAGCCUCUGGAAAGACAAUGGUUAUGUGCUCCCCAAACCGUCUGUUAACUUCAAUUUUAGUUCUCACCAGGCUGAGGUCACUGCCCAGGGGAUUGUGGGAUUGGAGAUCUCACCGAGUGGCAACAACUCGAGCACUAACAGCAACACCAAGAGCUUACACAGGGAAAUGGGAGUGGGAGGGCGUCUGGCAGCCCAGCCUUAUCACUGGCUGCUUAAUGAGCCCUACAAGUGCAACGAAAGCAGUCCCUUCCUGGUUUUGCUAAUUGCUGCGGAGCCAAGGCAGUUGGAGGCAAGGAACGCCAUCAGACAGACCUGGGGCAACGAGAGCGUGGUCAUGGGUUAUGGGUUCGUGCGGCUCUUUCUGUUGGGAAGGAUACCUAAUGCGUAUCCUCAGAGCUCCAUUGAGGAGGAGAGCUUGCAGUACCAUGACAUCAUCCAACUGGACUUCUUGGACACCUAUUACAACCUUACCAUCAAGACGCUUAUGGGCAUGAGCUGGGUUGCUCGCUAUUGCCCGCACGCCCGCUAUGUCAUGAAGACGGACAGUGACAUGUUUGUCAACACAGAAUAUCUCGUCCAAAAGCUGCUGAAGCCAAACAUGGCACCUCGACAGAAUUACUUCACUGGCUACCUAAUGAGAGGCUACGCUCCCAACCGCAACAAGGACAGUAAGUGGUACAUGCCACCAGAGCUGUAUUCCAGUGAGAGAUACCCUAUCUUUUGUUCCGGGACGGGCUAUGUGUUCUCGGGGGACAUGGCGGCGAAAAUCUACAAUGCCUCGUUGAGCAUCCGUCGCCUUCACCUCGAGGAUGUAUAUGUGGGAAUCUGCCUGGCGAAACUGCGGAUCGACCCAGUGCCACCACCAAAUGAGUUUCUCUUCAACCACUGGAGAGUGUCGUACUCCAGCUGCAAAUACAGUCACUUGAUCACCUCUCACCAGUUCCAGCCCAACGAACUCAUUAAAUACUGGGGUCACUUGCAAAGCAACAAGCACAAUCCUUGCCUUAACAUGGCGAAAGAUAAGAGCGGGCGGCCGCGCCAUAGGAAAUUGCAGUGGGAAGGUCUUCGGUGAUUAGCCAUGGCUCAGGGUACAGUAGUGUUAUCACAGCAUGUGCAAAAUUCAGCGGUUUAUGAGGUAGGGAACAGCACAGUGUUUUUUGGUAUUGUCGAUUAAAACUAUUUUUUUAAUUUCAGAGAGAUGUUAUGUAUUGUAAACCUGUCUUUUUAAAGGGAAGUGAGAGACAUCUACGUGUGCAAUAUCUAGCAUGCACAACAAAAACCAUCCAAUGGCAAUACCCCGCCAUUUUCAGGUGCCAAUUAACCAGGACAUAUUAAGAGGUUGCUGAACAUCCUCUUCAAGCUAACGUUCGAGUGAUAUUACUAAGGGCCAAUUUUAUUGAGAUCCUCAUUGUUUCUGUAUACAAAAGAAGAAAAAAAUCGGGAAUAUCAUAUGGUGGUGUAUCUGUACUGUGACACAUUUGAUUCUCAAUGAUGUCCACCUCUGACAUUAAGAUGAUGUUGAUUUUUCUAUCUACCUAAAACCUGCAAAUGGUUUACUAUAACCAAACCAAAUUAAAAACAGUAUGUGUAAAAGAUAAUAUAUGGAAUUUAAUUGCAUCAUAGAUGUCAGAUUAAAAUAAUAUUUUUCAAACCUUUACAUUGACUAAAUAUACAGGUCUGCCCUUGAUUAGGGCAAGUUAAAACUAUUUAUUAAAUGUAUUUCUUAAGCAUAUUGUCUCGGAGGUGUGGUCUCUUCCAGUGUUAUUCAAAUAAUAUGACACUAUCCAAAUAAUAUGUUACUCAGCCAGAACUGAAACCCAAUUCUAAAAUGCAGUUAUAUAGAUCAGGCACAUUGCACUAAACAAAUACAAUAAAAUUGUCAUAACUCACAAAUAGCCAAUGAAAAGUUGAAAACAUUUUUGGUUACCUCAGUGACCACCACGAAACUGUCAUCAGCAUAAAUCUGACAAAAGACUAUAAAUCUGAUAAAAUAAACAUUAUUGAUAAUAAUUCACUUCUAAUUGACAUUUACAGACAGUUGCACACUUCAGUUGCAAAACUAAAAAUGUCUUAGUUGUCAAAAUUAGCAUAAUUCAUGCAAAUUUCAAAACAUUAUGGAGAAAUAUCAACAUUCAAAUCACCAUUAUGUACUCAUUAAAUUCAAAUGAGACUUGAAAAAUCCCAGAAUCAGUCCCCAGAUGGAACUGAAGACUAAUGCGUUGAUGAUAAAGUAGAUAAUGUUGCUGUGGGUCAAAAUAUAUAAUUAGUAGGGGGGCUUCACAACACAUUAGCAGAGAGUAAUCCAAUUAAAUUGACGCUGGCAACAUUUGAAGGGUUUAUUUAUCAUUUUCAUUACUCAUUUGUCAGUCUAAUUUUAAUUAACCACAUAUUCGAGUGACUACGAUAAGUGCUAGAUGCAGAAUUUGCACAUCAAUUACAGGUGACUCAGAAGACAUUUCAGUGUACCCUUCUUACAAAUCAUAAGCACUUGAGUUUCACAAUAUAACAGUUAUUGUGGCACAAACCAGCUGCUUCAUUU